ACUGCAGUCUGCCCUAUUCCCGUCUCGCAAGCUCGUCUCCAUCAUGUUUACCUUCAGGCUCCUGGCCGCCACACUCUUCCUUCUCCCUGCCCUCGUCUCUUCUUACCCCACGAACGAGGCUCAAAACCUCACUGCCCGUGCAACACUCUCUAGUCACCUUUUGCCUGUUUCUCCCCAACUCGCCUACUGGACGACAUCGUCCAUCUCGGGUGCCGCCGUUUCGCCACUCUCUGAUGCUACAUUCCGUCCACACAACAUCAUCACUGCCCUGCCUCACGAUUAUGUCAAUGCACCUGAUGGCAAGCGGUCUAUGAAGGCUCAUUUCCCCAAGGGAUCGUAUACCUUUUCGCAUAGUCCCCAAGGAGGCUUCUCGUUUUAUGCCCCUGGACCCGCUAACGUCGACCUGACGACGGCGAAGGAGGCUACUUUCGGUUACACUGCAUAUUUCCCCUCCGGCUUCGACUUCGUCAAAGGAGGGAAAGUUCCUGGUUUAUAUGGCGGGAACAGCGACUCGGAAGCUCUUUCUUGCUCAGGUGGUCGGCGCGACAAUGGCUGCUGGUCAGCACGGCUGAUGUGGCGAACCAGCGGAGCAGGGGAACUCUAUACAUACCUACCGCCUGAUUUCACCGAGAAUCAGGCUGUUUGCAGUAUUCCUCCAUUCUCCACUUGCAACGACGUGUACGGCGCUUCUGUCGGUCGUGGUUCUUUCACGUGGGCAACUGCUGGAAGGACUACAGUUGCUCAGCGGGUGAAGCUCAAUGAUGUCGGAAAGGCAAAUGGAGAACUUCAGUUAUUCGUCAACGGAAAAAGCGUUGUCAAUGUGGGUGGCUUGGUUCUCAGGAACAACGCUGCAGGACGCAUCCGUGGCAUGCAGUUCCAGACGUUCUUCGGCGGUUCUGACACGUCCUGGGCAUCACCCAAGGAUCAAGACGCAUAUUUCUCUGAUUUCUCUGUUGCGAUUACCCAGAAGCUUUGAUGUUUUAUGAUCUUUUUAAAAGUCAAUUAUUGUACAGGUUCAUACACGGUUUUCCCUCGCAUAACCAACAUUGCUAUCAACCACGCAUCAUGCUGUCCGUUCUGUAUCUCUAUGGGAAUCUGGUCAUCCUUCUCUGUAUUGGUAUCCCCUUCUGUAUCGUUAAUAUUAUCGCUGUAUAUUGAAUCAAGAAACGUUCGAAUCUCGACUAAAUAUAUAUUCGCUUAUAAGUCGU